AGAGUCACAAAGAGAAAAGCAAUUAACACAGAACCACUCACUUUAUAGGGUCCCCAAUUUCUUCCUCGUGCAUGUCACGAGUCUUGUUGAAAAACAGCCGCCACCUCUUUCAUAUUAUAACCUUAUUCUUCUGUUCGGUUCCUUUGAGAUUUGAGAGAGAGAAGAGAGAGAGAACACUCUUCAGUUUCGAUUUUGCUUCCUUUUUUCUCGCUCUCUCUCUCUCUCUCUUUCUCCAUUUAUCUAUCAUCCAUCUAAUAACUCACCAUAGCCACACACACAUACACUAUGAUUUCCACUUUCACUUUGUUUCAUUCUUUCAUCUUUUUCUUGUAUCUCCUCAUCUCAACUCCUUCACGUGCUUCUUUGUUUUCUGGAAUUGAAACUGGAGAUUUAGAAAAAAAGGGUGAUUUGUUUCCACAGAUUCUUAGAGAUGAAGCAGUGGCAAGACUUCAUGAGCUUGGAAAGGUCAGUGAUGCUAGUGAAUAUCUUGAGAGGACAUUUUUGAGUCCUGCAACCACGAGGGCAAUUGAUCUUAUCCGAAAAUGGAUGGAAGAUGCUGGUUUGAGAACUUGGGUGGAUGAAAUGGGAAAUGUACAUGGUAGAGUUGAGGGUGCAAAUGCAAAUACAGAAGCGUUAUUGAUUGGAUCUCACAUGGACACUGUUAUUGAUGCUGGUAAAUUUGACGGAGCACUAGGAAUAGUGUCUGCAAUAUCUGCUUUAAAGGUUAUGCAUGUCAACGGCAACCUGCAAAAUCUAAGGCGUCCUGUUGAGGUGAUUGCAUUUUGUGAUGAAGAGGGUGUGAGAUUUCAAACUACUUUCUUAGGUAGUGGUGCUAUAGCUGGUAUUUUAUCGGCCACAACAUUGGAGAUACCUGAUAAGAAGAAUGUAACGAUAAAAGAUGUUCUUAAAGAGAACUCAAUAGAAGCUACGGAGGAAAGCCUUUUAAAGCUCAAGUAUGAUCCAAAAUCUGUAUGGGGUUAUGUUGAGCUUCACAUUGAGCAGGGUCCGGUCCUAGAACAAGUUGGUUUCCCACUUGGUGUGGUUAAAGGCAUAGCUGGCCAGACGCGAUUGAAGGUUACGGUUAAAGGCUCGCAAGGUCAUGCGGGAACAGUUCCAAUGUCCAUGCGCCAGGAUCCUAUGGUGGCUGCUGCUGAACAAAUUGUACUUAUGGAAAACCUAUGCAAACAUCCUGAAGAAUACCUUUCUUAUGGCGGUCAUUGCAGCGAUUCAUCGACAAAAUCGCUUUCAAGUUCACUUGUUUGUACUGUUGGUGAAAUAUCAACAUGGCCAAGUGCUAGUAAUGUCAUUCCAGGGCAGGUUACAUAUACCGUUGAUAUACGAGCAAUUGAUGAUCUUGGACGUGAGGCCGUUAUAUAUGAUUUAUCCAAUCGAAUUUAUCAGAUAUGUGACAAGCGUUCAGUUUCAUGCCUUAUUGAACACAAGCAUGAUGCAGGUGCUGUGAUUUGUGAUUCUGAACUAAGUUCACAGCUUAAGUCUGCAGCUUAUUCUGCACUCAAGAGAAUGGAGGAUGACAUUCAAGAUGAAGUACCGAUAUUAAUGAGUGGAGCAGGACAUGAUGCCAUGGCAAUGUCUCGCUUAACAAAGGUGGCAAUGUUAUUUGUACGUUGUCGCGGAGGCAUAAGUCACUCUCCACAAGAGGAUGUGCUAGAUAACGAUAUAUGGGCAGCCGGUUUAGCAACCUUAUCAUUUCUGGAAAAUCUAUAAUAUCUAUGUAAGCCAAUUCUACGGUGCACAAGUAUUGCACCACAUACAAGUUUGUUUCUACGAUUAAAUCAAUAAGUCUCACUAUUGGAUUAAAUGAGAUAUGAUGAGACGUAUUGAUCCAAUGGUAGAAAAUAAACCUGUGCACGGUGCAAUUAUAAACCAAAUAUGUAUAUAUUGUAUUUGUAGCAUGUAAUUAUAGGUUAAUUUAUUGAGAUUAUUCAUAAUUCAACACUUCAUUUGAAUUAACCUCUUAUUAUAAAGAGGCCCCCAAAUUUGUAACAAUUGAAGUUGUUGCAAUUUGUGUUGUGACAACCAAGUCUUCCUUGAUCAUAA